GCUGUGGGGUCUGGCGCUCUGGCAGGGGCCAUUUUGCCGAAGGCAGCCCGCCGGGGGCGACUUGGCAGCUAACUGAAGCUGUUCCUUUUCUUCCUCUGCAGCUUGGGGCUUGGAGAGGAACUGGAAGGCUGGGCUCCAUUGAGCCCUUCAGAGACGAUGGUUUCCUCCAGCCUUUGCCACCUGACGACCCUCCAUGGCGGCUGUGCCCUCUGCGCUGCGCCUGCUGCCGCAACUUCCAGCCCUCUGUGCCUAUCGGCUCCAGAGCUGCAAUCGUCCUUCCGCCCCAGAGACUGAUGAUAAUCGAGGUGGGGGCACCAUGAGAGGCGAGAAAAACUAUUGCCGUGGAGCUGCCGGAGACCACAGUUCCUGCCCGCCGACACCUUCGCCUCUGGCCUCGACCCUCAUGAUGCCCGCGGAGGCAAUCACAAGUAGUUGGUCUGGGUCUGGAGGUGGUUUGUCAGGAGAAGAUGAAGAGGAGACUCGGCUUCUUCAACUCCUCCGGACCGCGCCAGAUCCUUCCGAGGCCUUUCAGGCUUUGCAGGCUGCUUUGCCGCGGCGGAGCGGUAGACUCGGCUUCCCCCGACGGAGGGAAGCAUUGUAUCGGGCCCUGGGCCGAGUGCUUGUGGAAGGAGGUAGUGAUGAGAAGCGACUCUGCUUGCAUCUCCUCUCGGACGUUCUCCGGGGUCAGGGGGAGGCAGGCCAGCUGGAAGAGGCCUUUAGCUUAGCACUUCUGCCUCAACUAGUUGUCUCCUUACGAGAAGAGAAUCCAGCCCUACGGAAAGAUGCACUACAGAUCCUACAUAUAUGUCUGAAACGUAGUUCUGGACAGGUGCUGAGAACACUUAUACAGAAAGGACUGGAAAGUACAGAUGCCCGGCUUCGAGCUGCCACAGCACUGCUGUUCCCUAUCUUGCUUACUCCUGAGGAUUUGUUGUUCAGCCUAGAUCUCACCGAGGUAAUAAUAUCCCUAGCCAGAAAGCUUGGCGAUCAGGAGGUAGAAGAAGAAUCUGAGACUGCUUUCUCUGCACUUCAGCAAAUUGGGGAACGACUUGGCCCAGAGAGAUUUCAGUCCUAUAUCUCUCGCUUGCCAUCUGCCCUGAGGAGACACUACAAUCGCCGCCUGGAGUCCCAAUUUGGAAGUCACGUUCCUUAUUAUUUGGAACUGGAAGCCUCUGGAUUUCCUGAAGAUCCUCUCCCCUGUGCAGUGACUCUUUCUAACAGCAAUCUUAAAUUUGGGAUUAUUCCUCAAGAGCUGCAUUCAAGAUUGUUAGAUCAGGAAGACUAUAAGAACCGGACUCAGGCCGUUGAGGAAUUAAAACAGGUGAUGGGAGGAUUUAAUCCUAGUUCUACCCCUCAUUCCAGUCUUGUCGGUUUCAUUAGCUUGCUCUAUAAUCUGUUAGAUGAUUCUAACUUCAAAGUGGUUCAUGGCACACUUCAGGUCCUGCAUUUACUGGUUAUUCGCCUUGGAGAGCAGGUACAACAGUUCUUGGGACCAGUUAUAGCAGCUUCUGUCAAAGUGUUGGCAGACAACAAAUUGGUAAUCAAACAAGAAUACAUGAAAAUUUUCCUCAAGCUAAUGAAGGAAGUAGGUCCUCAACGGGUGCUUUGUUUACUUCUGGAACAUCUCAAACAUAAGCAUUCCAGAGUGAGAGAGGAGGUAGUGAACAUUUGCAUCUGCUCCCUCCUGACCUAUCCCAGCGAGGAUUUUGACUUACCCAAACUGUCUUUUAAUCUUGCCCCAGCUCUUGUAGAUAGCAAACGCAGGGUACGCCAAGCAGCUCUUGAAGCCUUUGCUGUGUUGGCAUCGUCCAUGGGCUCAGGUAAAACCAGUAUCCUUUUCAAAGCUGUGGAUACUGUUGAACUGCAAGAUAAUGGAGAUGGAGUGAUGAGUGCUGUGCAGGCCAGAUUGGCUAGAAAAACCCUCCCAAGGUUAACAGAACAGGGAUUUGUGGAAUAUGCAAUACCUAUGCCAUCAUCUGCCCAGGGUAGGUCAAGCCAUCUGGCACAUGGAGCAGAUACAGACUGGCUCUUGGCUGGUAACAGAACUCAGAGUGCACACUGUCACUGUGGAGACCACACAAGGGACAGCAUGCAAAUUUAUGGAUCUUACAGUCCAACUAUCUGUACCCGAAGGGUAUUAAGUGCAGGAAAAGGAAAAAAUAAAUUACCAUGGGAAAAUGAGCAGCCUGGAGAAAACCAGACCUCCAAUUCCAAGGACAUAGAACAGUUUUCAGCAUAUGAUUUCAUCCCAUCUCCAAAAUUAAAGUCCUCUCAAGGAAUGCCAGUAAAUGAUGAUUUAUGUUUUAGCAGAAAAAGAGUCUCAAGAAACUUAUUUCAGAAUAGUCGAGAUUAUAAUCCAGAUUCUCUUCCUGUAUGUGCUGCUGGCAGUACUGGGACUCAUCAGACAAAUGUUUCUGGGAAAUUUGGACAACUUGGAUUUUCACAGAUAUGUGGGAAAAGUGAGAGUGUGGAUUCUGACUUACAAUACCUAGGGACAACUAACAAUCAUCAAGAUAAAGUGUAUGCUAGCCUGAAUUUUGCUCCUAAGACACAGCAGACAUUUGGUAGCCAAACGGAACGUACUUCAUCAUACUCUGGUCUAAAUCCAAGUCCAGGAGGCUUCAUCCUUCCAUCCUAUCCUCUCUCAUCACCUCGAACUAGUCCAAAGCACGCAUCUCUUACCGUAUCUCCAAAGAAGUCUCAGGAUAUUUCGAUUAACUUCUCCAAUUCCUGGCCUCUUAAAAGCUUCGAAGGACUACCAAAGCCGAGUCCACAGAAAAAGCUUGUCAGCCAAAAAUCGUCUGACUCUCCAGGUAGAAAUGAUGGAGAAAAGUCUCAAGAAAAACUUUCUCCAGUUCAACUUACACCUGCCUUGGUGAGAUCACCGUCUUCCCGACGAGGCCUAAAUGGGACAAAACCCGUACCUCCCAUACCAAGGGGAAUCAGCCUUUUGCCUGAUAAAGCUGACUUAAGCACAGUGGGACCCAAAAAGAAAGAGCCUGAUGAUAUUUGGAAGAGUGAAAAAGAUAGUCUUACAAUUGAUCUUUCAGAAUUAGAUAUCAGAGAUAAAGAUUUGGAUCAAGAAGAGAUGCAGAGCUCUCUUAGGUCCCUUCGUAAUAGUGCAGCUAAGAAAAGAGCAAAACUGAGUGGCAGUACUUCUGAUCUUGAAAGCCCUGAUUCUGCAGUUAAGCUCGAAUUGACUAUGGACUCACCAUCUCGAUCUUCCUCUCCAAACAUCAGCUCUUAUAGUGAAAGUGGAGUUUAUAGCCAAGAAUCAUUGACAUCUUCUCUGUCUACAACUCCCCAGGGGAAGAGAAUAAUGUCAGACAUAUUUCCGACAUUUGGAUCAAAACUUUGUCCAACGAGACUUUCUUCUGCAAAGAAUAAAAUCUCUGAGAUAGCUGACCAAAGCCACAGUGCAGGGUCAUCAUCAAAUUUACAGCAAAUUCCCAGUCUUGACUUCACAUCUACAAAUACCUUACCAGAAGACUCAGUGGUUGUUGUUGGAAAAGGUGUAUUUGGAAGUCCAAAUUCAGCACCAGCAGCCUGCAGCCCAUCAGUGAUAUCUUCUGUGGAAAAUGGAGAUACAUUUUCAAUUAAACAAAGCAUUGAACCACCAUCAGGAAUUUAUGGAAGAGCAGUCCAGCAAAAUAUUCCAUCAUAUGUUGAUGUUGAGAAUGAAAAGGAUAUUAAAGUUUCUAUUUCAAAAUCUACUUAUGACAAGAUGAGACAAAAAAGAAAAGAGGAAAAAGAACUUUUUGACAUUAAAGAUUGUGAAAAGAAGGAACAGAAUUCCUGGGAGCGAAUGAAACAUACAAGAACUGAGAAAAUGACAUCUGAAAGUGAAGCAUCUCCUGGAGACAUUCCACAAUAUAAAGAAAGGAUGUCUUCUGUCACUCAUAGUCCUGAAAUAAUGGAUACAUCAGAACUACGGCCAUUUUCCAAACCAGAAAUAGCACUGACAGAAGCCCUUAGGCUUUUAGCUGACGAGGAUUGGGAGAAGAAAAUUGAAGGACUGAAUUUUAUUAGGUGCUUAGCUGCUUUUCAUUCUGAAAUAUUGAACACCAAGUUGCAUGAAACAAAUUUUGCAGUAGUUCAAGAGGUGAAAAAUUUACGCUCUGGAGUUUCUCGUGCUGCUGUGGUCUGUUUAAGUGAUCUUUUCACUUACCUGAAAAAAAACAUGGAUCAAGAACUAGAUACUACAGUAAAAGUUUUGUUGCACAAGGCUGGAGAGUCAAAUACAUUUAUAAGAGAAGAUGUUGACAAAGCACUGAGAGCUAUGGUCAGUAAUGUAACUCCUGCACGUGCAAUUGUUUCUCUUAUCAAUGGAGGACAAAGGUACUAUGGUCGAAAAAUGCUUUUCCUUAUGAUGUGUCAUCCAAACUUUGAUAAAAUGCUUGAAAAAUAUGUCCCAUCCAAAGAUUUGCCAUAUAUUAAGGAAUCUGUUAAAAGCUUACGGCAAAAGGGCUUAGGAGAGAUACCACUAGAUACUCCUUCAGCAAAAGGAAGACGAUCUCAUACUGGCACUGUUGGAAAUACAAGGUCAUCAUCUGUUUCUAGAGAUGCUUUCAAUUCAGCUGAAAGAGAAGUAACUGAAAUUCGUGACAUCACCAGAAAAUCAGUUCCCCGCAAUUCCUUAGAAAGUGCUGAAUACAUUAAAGUCAUAACCAGUUUAUUAAAUGCAAAAGACUUCCGUGAUCGCAUUAAUGGGAUUAAGCAGCUUUUAUCAGAUACUGAAAACAAUCAAGAACUGGUUGUUGUAAACAUUGUGAAGAUCUUUGAUGCUUUUAAAUCUCGACUUCAUGAUUCCAAUAGUAAAGUAAAUCUGGUGGCUCUAGAAACAAUGCACAAAAUGAUUCCUUUGCUUAGAGACAACUUAUCUCCUAUAAUCAACAUGCUAAUUCCAGCAAUAGUAGAUAACAAUCUGAAUUCAAAGAAUCCAGGCAUCUAUGCUGCUGCCACAAAUGUUGUUCAGGCACUGAGUCAGCAUGUAGACAAUUACUUACUUCUACAGCCAUUUUGCACAAAAGCUCAGUUUUUAAAUGGAAAAGCAAAACAGGAUAUGACUGAAAAGCUUGCUGAUAUUGUUAUGGAACUUUAUCAAAGGAAGCCCCAUGCCACAGAACAGAAAGUGUUGGUUGUUUUAUGGCAUCUUUUAGGGAACAUGACAAAUAGUGGCUCUUUGCCUGGAGCUGGAGGAAAUAUACGAACAGCCACAGCUAAAUUAUCAAAAGCACUUUUUGUACAAAUGGGUCAGAAUCUGUUAAAUCAGGCUGCAUCCCAACCACCACAUAUCAAAAAGAGUUUAGAAGAAUUGCUCAACAUGACAAUAUGAAAUGAAUUAUGA